AUGUCCACUUCUGUCACCACCUUCCUCCUCCUAGUGACCAUCUCUGUCUCCACCACCUCCUGCCUCCAACAAUCAACCCCUAUUCAGCUUGCCCUAGAUAGAGUUCUUCAAGCCACAACUUUGGUCGUCCAAAACUCUAUUCAAUUACAUGAACUGGUCGGCAGUGAUGAUAUUUCAAAUUACAGUGGUGUGGCUCUUAGAGACUGCACCGAACUAUACGAUGAGAGUGCGGCCAGGCUGACGGUGCUGUUGUCCAAAAAUGAGAGUUAUACCGGCAACGACGCACGAACAUGGCUGAGUGGGGUGCUUGCCAACCAUAGGAGUUGUUUGGAUGGCUUGGAUGAGAAGGGUUUUGUUAGGACUGAGCAUCAGCGUGUGGUGGCACAAAACUUGACCAUGGUGCUUGGCGAAGCUCUUGCUUUUUAUGGGAAGGUUAUGAAUGAGGGAAAGAGAGUAAUACCAAGGGGAGAAAAAUCCAAUCCCAUGCAAGACGGAGGGCUUUUGGCAUCAUGGAAUCCAAGAACAUCCAGGGCUGAUUUUCUGGUGGCAAAAGAUGGCUCUGGCACAAAUAGAACAGUGAAUGAGGCACUGAUUGCACUUGCUAGAAUGGGUCACCGGCGAACCCAAAGAAUCAUAAUCUAUGUGAAAUCCGGCAUGUACGCAGAGAAGGUGGAGAUUCAUAGAGAUGUAAAGAAUGUGAUGCUUGUUGGUGAUGGCAUUGACAAAACUAUAAUCACCGGUAGCCACAGUGUCGUCGGAGAUGACUCCACUCGGAGCUCAGCUACGGUUGGUGUAUCAGGGGAUGGUUUUUGGGCAAGGGACAUAACAUUUGAGAACACAGCAGGUCCUCAAAAACACCAGGCAGUGGCACUGAGGGUGAGCUCAGACCUCGCGGUGUUUUACCGGUGCAGCUUCAAAGCGUACCAAGACACUGUCUAUGCCCACUCCAAUCGACAAUUCUACCGCGACUGUCAAGUAUAUGGCACCAUCGAUUUCAUAUUUGGUGACGCCUAUAUGGUGAUGCAAAAUUGUGACAUUUUCGUGAGGAGGCCAAUGAAGUCCCAAGCUAACAUGAUCACCGCGCAAGGUCGCGACAACCCGGAAGAGAACUCAGGCAUUGCAAUCCACGGUUGUCGCGUUAGACCUGCACCGGAAUUCGCAGGCGUUAAGGGUUCGUUUAGGAACUAUUUGGGCAGGCCAUGGAGAAAGUAUUCAAGGACUGUGUUCUUGAAGACAGACUUGGAUGGUUUGAUUGAUCCAAAGAGGUGGACAGAAUGGAGGGGCAGUUAUGGACUUUCAACGUUGUUUUAUGGGGAGUAUAUGAAUACAGGGCCAGGUGCAGCAACAGAGAAGAGGGUUAAGUGGCCUGGUUUUCAUUGUCCUCAGCAAGUUAGUCCUUUCACAGUUGGUAAUUUCAUUCAAGGACAGAAUUGGAUUCCAGUCACUGGUGGUGUGCCAUUCUGGCCUGGAAUAUAA